AUGAAGUCGCUACGCUUUGUGAGUGCGGAGGUGCUGGUGUCCAAUCCUCAGGUGGCCAGGAAGAGCCUGAGGAAUGUGGCGCACAAUCUCUACCCACUCCUGUUUAAAGCCAGCUACCUGCUGGAGCAGGGGGAAGUGAUUCACGACCUGCUGGAAAACUGGCCCCUGACAGAAUUCAACCUCGGAAGCCUGCUGGGUCAGACGGCAGAUCACCCAGGAGACAUCAGGAGCUGGGCCUGCCGGACCUGCCUGGAGGCCUGUCUGAGAGGCCUCCGGGACUACGUGCUGAAUGAUGUCUCGGUGUACAGCAAGCGGUUGAGAGUGGUGGAUCUUACGGGCAUCAAGGAUGUGGAAGUUCAGCUGUGUAAGUGCAAGAAGUCUUUGGGGAGGUGGGGCAGGACCCGGCUCCUAGCCACGCUGUGCCUGGAGCUGCUGGGGGAGAUGCAGAAGCAGCAGCUGGACUCCGGGGGCUCUGGGGUCGGGAUCGACGUGCUGGUGAACCUGUUUGUCACUGACGGCAACUACGAGGCAGUAGCACAGGCCUUGCAAAUGAGGCGCCACUCCCCGCUGAAGCUGCGCUGCGUGACGUUCCGAGCCGACAGCCUGGACCGGGCGAAGCUCUUCUCCGUCCUCCGGCUGGCCGAGCCCGAGUCCCUGCAGAAGCUGGAGGUGGUCCACAAUGUGCGGCUGCAGAUGGAGCACCUGGAGGGGCUGCUUAGCCACGUGGGCUUUUCCCAGCUGGUCUCCCUCACCCUGCCGGCCCGGACGUUCGACGUGCACAGGCUCACUGCCGAGGAAGAGCUGGUCCUCGCCUCCAUCGGAGAGAAGCUGAGCCAGAUGCCCCAUCUAACAGAGCUGAGCUUGGCUUUUUCCACCCUGACGGGGAAGCUACGAAAACUGCUCAGCCCACUGAGAACGCCCCUCCGAGCUCUGGAAUUGGCCAACUGCUCCCUGAGUUAUGCAGACAUGGCCUUCCUAGCCAAUGGCCUCCACUCCUUCCACCUUGAGGUGCUGGAUCUCAGUGGGCACAGCGUGGUUGCCCUCUACCCUUCGACCUUCUUCAAACUGCUCAACCAGGCCUCCCAGACCCUGAGAAUCCUCUCGCUGGAGGAGUGCAGCAUCGAAGAUUCCCACGUCAACAGGAUGAUCAUGGGUUUGAUCCCUUGCCAGAAGCUGCAGGAGUUCAAAUUCCUUGGGAACCCGCUGUCCUCCCGAGCUUUGAAAUGCCUCUUCAGGGCUUUCACAGAGCUCCCCAAGCUGAAGUCCAUCGAGUUCCCGGUGCCAAAGGACUGCUAUCCUGAUGGCACCAGCUACCCACUUGAUGACUCCAGCCUCCCCAAUUUCGAUCAUCAGAAAUAUGAGGAGAUUGCGAGGCAACUUCAGGCAAUAUUGCUUCAGGCCAAGCGGGAUGACAUUAAGGCUUCGACCCCACUCUACGGAAGCUAUGAUCCAGAUAUCCAUGAGACGAGUAAUGAACUGGGAUCUUUCUUGCUUCAGUCUCUCAAAAAUGCCUUAGAAAAUUUUAGCACCGCACUACAAAGAAUGGAGUAGAGGCUUUGAGGUGAAUAGUGAGCUACAGGGAAUCCCAAUUGUACCUGCCCUAAACACGUGAGCUCACUUCAAGGCUGAACCGAAUCCCACACCUCCAACCUGACUGGUCUCCUCUACCUGUUCGGCAUAUUUAUCUACCGAACUGGACCAUGAAUAGGUGGUCUUUUACGUCCUACUCCUAGAAUGGGAUAAAGCUACAGCAUGAGAGGUUAUAAUCAUAAAAAUGGGCAGAGACCUGAUUUAUGCGGCAGAAUUUUCAGAAACAAAGACAUUAAGGAACCUUCCCUUGAAGCCUUGGCUGGAGCAGGAGGCACUGGCAUGGGAUUCCAGAUCUUUAGUUAGGAAGAGGGCAGGAAAGGACAGGAAAAUUCCCAGGAAAGACCAGUCUGAGGUUUGAAGGGAUAGGAUAAGUGAGAAUCAAACAGAGGUCAUAAAUGACAGAAAAUGUGAAAAGCUUGGGGAAAUAGGACUGAAAAUGGCUGGAAGAGAAGGAUAGGGAAGAUUAAGAGGGGUACAAGGAAAGAGAUGGGAAUUAUAUUGAAGCAUUGGCUUCCUAUGAGGGGUGGUGGCAGUUACACUGAACAGGAAUGUUGGAGAAAUGGUAUGAAGACAUAGUAGUCAAUAGGUCCUUUAGACAGGACUCCUAGUGUGGCAGCGGAAUGCUUGGAGAAGCAGCACUGAUGGCUUCUCUCCUUAUCCAAAUAUCAUCCAAAUAACAUUUUUUGACUAGAUCUAACAUUUUUUUAAUAAUCCAGCAGUGGUCUAUCGUUUAGAAAUCAUCCAGUCCUUUCUUGAGCCUUCUGACGUCUCUUAACUCUCCCUCUAAUAGCACACUAUAAACUUCUUACCCCUUUAUUUAUUCAUAUUCUUUUUGAACCCACUCCUGUUUUCGGCCUGCACAGAGUUAUCCUUGGCUUCGAAGGUAACGCUGCUGUUGGUGAGAGUGAAUCCACGGAAUUGAAUAUUACACAGAAAAUCGCAUGCACACGGUGUCCGUGGAAAUUCAGAACUUCAUCCUUUCUUAUCCCUUGCCAUUUGGGAUGAGCGUUGCUCAGACCCAGUGAUUAGGAGGGGAGAGGUUUGUCCCACAGCUGGCAGAAUGUGCACAAAAGUAGUUUUUGCAGUAGGGGUGAUAUUAAUCCAAGCUGAGCAAUCCACACUCUGUCACGUGGCCUCUCUAUGACUAGUGACAUGCAUUUCAAGAUGGCUGAAAUGGUUCUCCCUUGUGUCAUCGAACAGAAUAUCCCUGAGACCUCCACAGUGGCCAACACCAUUUUGUUAGUAUAAUACCGGCUCCAGAUGGUAAGGGAAGGAAACGGUCAUCUCAGGGGGUAGCAAUGUGCCACCUGCCCCUCUAAGGAUGGCCCCCAUAUGGAACAUUCAGAAUGUCACCCACAUCAGGAAGACCCCCCCUCCACCUCUGCACAGAGCCCCCGCCAUCUCCCCCCACUGCAUGCACGAGAGCCAUCUUUCUUUAUUCUUCUCUAUUAUGAGAUCCUCUGCUUCCUCACGCUCUGCUAACAACUCUCCCUCACCAAUCCACCCCACAGACCCUCGUAAUA